ACCGACCGCGAAGGCCUUCCAUAUUUUCAAGGCGCGACUCGCUGCCCUCUCCCCACCGUUAGGCCUGUCCAUCUCUCUCUCUCUCUCUCUCUCUCUCUCUCUCUCUCUCGGAGCCCUAGAUUUUCUCGCCAUUUCUCUCUACCUCGACAUUUUCUCGGGAAAAUGGCAAACGCAGCGUCUGGGAUGGCUGUGCAUGAUGAAUGCAAGCUAAAGUUUUUAGAAUUGAAGGCAAAAAGAACUUACCGCUUCAUAGUUUACAAGAUAGAGGAGAAGCAAAAGCAGGUUAUAGUGGAAAAGGUGGGUGAACCAGCUGAUAGCUACGAGGAUUUCUCUGCAAGCCUCCCUGCUGAUGAAUGCCGAUAUGCUGUCUAUGACUUUGAUUAUGUGACUGAGGAGAACUGCCAGAAGAGCCGGAUUAUUUUCAUUGCUUGGUCCCCUGACACAUCGAAGGUGAGAAGCAAAAUGAUCUAUGCUAGUUCGAAGGACAGGUUUAAGAGAGAGUUGGACGGUAUUCAGGUAGAGUUGCAAGCCACCGAUCCAACCGAAAUGGGCCUUGAUGUUAUUGGAGGGGGUCAUCUCUAUACUAUAUGGUUUUUAUGUGUCCUGUUUAUAGUCUGUGGACUUGAGUUUGGUUUACUAUUGUAUUGCAUUGCCUUUGAGAAUGUGAUUUGUAAUUCGUGGAUUAUUGGUUACCUCAUUCUGGUGUGGAUAUAACUUCUUGCCCAGCUUGCAUAUAUAAAUAUAUUUUUUUUCUGUUGCCAAUAACA